AUGGGCGGAAGCAAGGGCAAAGCACAUCAGCGCCGGGCUCGACCCGGGAGACCAGCCUCAGCCGAGAGGGAGUCCGGGUCCGCCAGCGGCGACUGCGCCCCAAGCCGGGACCGCAGGCCUGUCCGCGGCAAAGCCCGCAAGACCAAGCCCGCUACGGAGCUUGAGGCCACCGGAGGCAAGGGGACCACUGGAGGCCAGAGGAAGCCCACCGGAGAGGGGAGCCACCGCUGCAGGAGUGCAGAAACUGAGACAUCACAGGAGAGGCGGGGCAGCUCGCAGCGUCUGGGACCCACGGAGAGCCGUGAGUCCGGGGACAGUUGUGGGGAGCACACGGAGGAACAGAGAAUCCCCGGGGAAGAAGAGCGGACAGGCAAGCGCGGCCGCCGCAGGAGAGGAAAGGCUCGGGGACCUUCGCCUCGGCGAGGCCACCGAGAGACUCCUAGCAGGGAUGAGUGCAUGUCGGGCGGGGAUAGUAGCAGCUCGUGUCUGGACAGUGAAGCCCGCGAGGCCCAGGACAGCAUCAGCCAGGGAGGUGGAGCCCCGGAGCGGCCACCCAAAAUGGAACCUUCGGAUACCAGUUCAGAAGGCGCUCCAAUCAGAGGACCCGGCUCAACUCUGGUGCAGGGUAAAUGCCCGGGCAGCAUGCAUCCAGGCAGCGAAGGACACGCCUUGGAGCUCCAGAGCAGGGAAGGGUCGUGGGGGACAGGGCCUCAGAGAGCGAGUGACGAUUCCCCGACAGAUACAGACUCGAGCCCCGGGUGGGCUGGGCACAGACGUAUCCCCGAGACCCAGGAGAUAGAGCUGGGUAGGGAAACUGCAGCCUCCAGCGUCCCCAGAGGCUCUCAGAGUCCUCGCAACUCUAGCGCGAUCGCACACACCAGCGACGUCGCGGCUCAGCCAAAGGCUGAGCUGUCCCGCACUGAGCCUGAGACAGCGGAGGCUCCCGGGGCUCAGCGCCUCCAGGCGGAAGAGGUGGCGAGGAAGGUGCAGGAGACUGCGGCAGAGAGCGACGCGGGAGCUGGAGAGCGAGCGGGUGCACACCGGGACCGGACGCCGCUGGCCACGCUCGUGGUGCUGCGCAGGCUGCGCCCGAGGCUCCCAGCCGGCGAGCCUCCCCAGUGCGCCCGUGGCAUCCGCGUGGGUCUCAAGGCGCGACUGCAGCGCGUGGCGCGGGCCCUGGGCUUCCUGCGCUGGCUGCGGCUGCGGGUGGAGCGACGUGGGACGAAGGCGCGCGCCGCGAGCCCGCGGGAGUACGAGGAGUGCGGCCGCGAGAGGGCGCUCGAGACGCGGGGCGCAGCUCCCGGGCCACGGCGCUGGCUGGCCUUGCGCCUGGCCUGUCGCCUGGUGGGGCUCCGGGGAACGCGGGGAGCACUCCCGUGCGGUGGUCCGAGCCCUCCGCAGGCUCUGAGCAGCUCAGUCUCUGAGGAUGCAUCCGCCACCGAGGAGCCAGCCCCAGAUCCCAAAUUCGCGGUGGUCCUUCCCCGGAUCCAUACUGCGGGGAUGGACUCGGGCAGCCGCAGUUCAGGAGCAUCCACUGGAGAAGGUGGCGUUUCCUCUCCUUAUAGAGCUGCAGAGGAUAGAGAGGAGCAAGAAGCUAAUGGAGAAGGGGUGGUCAGGUCCUGUCAGGUUCCCUCCUUUUUCCCGUCUGCCCCCAAUGGGACCCCACCGGAUGAGAACCGGAGAGAAGCAGAGCCAGAGACCUUGGAAGCUAAGACUGGAGUACACUGGGCACAGGACUCCAAUCCCUGCGAAGACCCCAAGCUUGGCGCUGAUACUCUGUUGCCUCAGCUCACUUUGGAGACUCGCCUGCGGCAAAAUAGCCCCUGCAGGUCACCAAGGGAGCAGUGGGAGCCAGAGGAUGACACUGAGGCAGCGCUGGAAAGGGACCUGGAAUUGAGCCUCCAGAGGGACCUAGAGAUGCCACCGUUUCUGGGUGCUAAGACCAGGAGUCUCCCAGAGGGCCUGGAAGACGUUGAGGACCUCGCCAGGCUGCGGCUGGUGUGUGACAGCUCUGUGCUGCUGUGCCUCAAGAAGAGGUUCCAGCUGGGCCGCAUCUACACUUUUGGGGGCCCCCUCCUGCUUGCUCUGAACCCCCACCAGCCUCUUCCUCUCUUCUCGUCAGAAGUCUUGGCCAGCUACCAUCCCAGGAAGGCCCCAAACACCACACCACACAUCUUUGCCGUCGGAGUAGCAGCCUAUAGCCUGUCUCAGAGCACUGGACAGGCUUCCUGCAUCCUCCUGGGGGGGCACAGUGGCUCAGGGAAGACGGAGGCUGCCAGGAAGAUUUUGGAGUUUCUAAGGAGCCUAGGGCAGAAGCCAAUGGAGGCCAACCGUGCUCAGCUAGAGGACAUACUGCCCGUGCUCAGCAGCUUUGGCCAUGCCAAGACCAUCCUCAAUGCCAAUGCCAGCCGCUUCGGCCAGGAGAUACGGCUCUGUCUGCAGCAGGGGGUUCUCGUAGGAGCCUCUGUGUCCCACUGUCUGCUUGAGUCCUCCAGAGUAGUCUUUCAGGGCCGAGCCUGCAGGCUCCAGGGCAAGGAGGAUGCCCAGGACUUCCAAGGGCUGGUGAAGGCCCUGAGGGUGCUGGGGUUAUGCGCAGCGGAGCUGACAGCAGUCUGGGCUGUGCUGGCCGCCAUCCUGCAUCUGGGCAACAUCUGCUUCUCUUCUUCAGAGCGAGAGUCCCAAGAAGUGGCUGCUGUGUCCAGCUGGGCUGAAAUCCACCUGGCAGCCCGGCUGCUACAGGUGCCACCAGAGCGCCUAGAGGGAGCAGUCACCAAGAGGGUCAUGGACACCCCCUACGGCCCGGUCUCCAGACCUCUGCCAGUGGAAGGGGCCAUUGAUGCCAGGGAUGCCCUGGCCAAGAUCCUGUACUCCAGGCUCUUUACCUGGCUUCUGAAGCAGAUCGAUGUGCAGCUGUCCCCACCGAGGGAGGCAGGCAGUGUGGACACCAUCGCUGUUGUGGACGCCUUUGGCUUUGAGGCGCUCCGAGUGAACGGCUUAGAGCAGCUAUGCAGUAAUCUAGCCAGCGAGCGCCUGCAGCUCUUCUCCAGCAGGAGGCUGCUGGCCCAGGAGGAGGAGGUGUGCCAGCGGGAGCUGCUGAAGUGGGUGCCCAUUCUCCAGCCUCCACAGGAGUCCUGCCUGGAUCUCCUGGUGGGCCAGCCCCACAGUCUCCUCAGCAUCCUGGAUGCCCAGACCUGUCUAUCCCAGGCCACAGACCACACCUUCCUCCAGAAGUGCCACUAUCACCAUGGUGACCACCCCAGCUACGCCAAGCCUCAACUGCCCCUGCCGAUCUUCACAGUACAGCACUAUGCUGGGACCGUAACCUACCAGGUGCACAAGUUCAUAAACAGAAACAGGGACCACCUGGACCCUGCCGUGCUGGAGAUGCUCAGGCGGAGCGAGCUGCAGCUCAUGGGCCGCCUGUUCCAGGAAGCAGAGCUCCAGGCUGGGACUGAGCAAAGCAAACCCACAUUGGCCUGUCGAUUCCAGCAGUCCCUGGGUGACUUGCUAGCUCGGCUAGGCAGGAGCCAUGUCUAUGUCAUCCACUGUCUCAACCCCUCCCCUGGAAAGCUCCCAGGCCUCUUCGAUGUGGGACAUGUCGCAGAGCAGCUGCGUCAGGCUGGCAUCCUGGAGAUCAUAGGCACCCGAAGUGCCCACUUCCCCGUACGAGUGCCCUUCCAAGUCUUUCUGGCAAGGUUCCGUGCCCUGGGAUCAGGGAGACAGAAAACUGUCUCUGACCAGGAGAGGUGUGGUGCCAUCCUCAGUGGAGUGCUGGGGGCACAGUCACCGCUCUAUCAUCUUGGUGUCACCCAGGUCCUCCUGCAGGAGAGGGGCUGGCAGCAGCUAGAACAGCUGUGGGCUCAGCGGCGCUCCCAGGCCCUGCUCACUCUGCACCGUGGCCUCCGAGCUUGUAUCACUCGGCAGCGCCUCCGUCUCCUGCCCCGGAUGCAGGCUCGUGUGCGUGGACUCCAGGCCAGGAAGCGAUAUCUCCGACGGAGGUCAGCUCUGGGACAGCUGAACACCAUCCUCCUAGUGGCUCAGCCCCUGCUCCGGAGACGACAGAAGCUACGGGUGAGAGGGUUGUGGAAGUGUUCAUGGAUCGUGGGAAAGCUCAGGAGAGAAGCCAGGUGACCUUGGCUGGCCAAGUGGGCAGCAUCCCGACAGCCUGAACUUGACCUGGGGCGCUUGGAGAUCCCAGCCCAGCUGGCUGCUCUGCUGAAGAGGGCUGAAGACCACCAGGCCGUGCUGACUGGAAACAUCACAGAGUCCCUGCCUCCUGAGGUUCCUGCCCGGCCCAGCCUAACUCUGCCUCCAGACAUUGACCAGUUUCCCUUCUCCAGUUUCGUGUCCACCAGUUUCCAGAAGCCGUUUCUGCCUCGGCCAGGGCAGCCACUGGAUGAGCCCCUGACACGGUUGGAGAGUGAGAGCCCUCAGCAGGCUCUGGAGAUCAAUAGGGUGAUGUUGCGGCUCCUGGGGGAAGGGUCCCUGCAGUCCUGGCAAGAGCAGACCAUGGGCACGUUCCUGGUGCAGCAGGCCCAGCGACGGCCGGGACUUCGAGACGAGCUCUUCAGCCAGUUGGUGGCCCAGCUGUGGCACAACCUGGAUGAGCAGCAGAGUCAGCGUGGCUGGGCCCUAAUGGUGAUCCUGCUCAGCUCCUUCCCCCCUACACCUGCCCUGGAGAAGCCAUUGCUCAAAUUCGUAUCUGACCACGCCCCCAGUGGCAUGGCAGCCCUGUGCCAGCACAAGCUGUUAGGUGCCCUGGAGCAGACACCGUUGGCUCCCAUGGCCUCAAGGUCCCACCCACCCACCCAACUUGAGUGGAAGGCUGGAUUGCGGCGGGGCCGCAUGGCACUGGAUGUGUUCACAUUCAACGAGGAAAGCUACUCCGCCGAAGUGGAAUCCUGGACCACGGGAGAGCAGUUUGCAGGGUGGAUCCUACAGAGCAGAGGCCUGGAGGCGCCCCCUCGUGGCUGGUCUGUGUCACUGCAUUCUGGGGAUGCUUGGCAGGACUUACCUGGCUGUGACUUUGUCUUGGACCUGAUAGGCCAGAUUGAGGAUUUGGGAGACCCAGCUGGGCCCCACAACUACCCCAUCGCUCCUCUCGAUUUAGCUGAGAGCAUCCCGCCAGCCCCUGGUGUCCAGGCUCCUCCCCUGCCCCCAGGACUCCCUCCAGGUCCAGCCCCAACACUGCCCAGCAGAACUUACUCUUGCCCAACAGGUGAGGCCCGUAAGCCGGGGAACCUGGAUGGUUUCUUGGAUCACAUCUUUGAGCCAGUGUUCUCUCCGGGUUUCAGUGAUCUGGAACAAGGCUGGGCCCUAAGCAGACGCAUGAAGGGAGGGGGCUCUAUUGGGCCUACCCAGCAGGGCUACCCCAUGGUGUACCCAGGUAUGGUGCAGGCACCCAGCUACCAGCCCGCUAUGAUACCCGCACAGAUGCCCAUGAUGCCAGCCAUGGGCACAGUCCCAACCAUGCCAGCCAUGAUGGUGCCACCCCAGCCACAGCCUCUGAUGCCCAGCUUGGACUCAAGGCAGCUGGCAGUACAGCAGCAAAACUUCAUUAACCAGCAGGCGAUGAUUCUGGCCCAGCAGAUGACCACCCAGGCCAUGAGCCUGUCCCUGGAGCAGCAGAAUCAGAGGCGCCAGCUUCCAGCUCAGGCCUCGGGGGCCACCUCCCAGCCUCCACCCUCAACCAUUGCUCCCAAGGCCAAGAAGCCUCCUGCCCCCCAAGAGAAGCCAGAGAGUGACCUAGAACCUUCAGAUGUUUGCUUGAGAGACGCUCCAGAGGAGGCUCAGAGCAAGCCUCAGCGCCCCAGGAGCUUCCAACAGAAACGGGACUAUUUCCAGAAGAUGGGGCAAGAGCCGAUCAAGGUGAAGACGGUGAAGCCCCCAGCCAAGGUUCAGAUCCCCCAGGAGGAGACAGAGGAGGAGGAAGAGGAGGAAGCAGCGGGUAGUGUUCAAUUGUCUUCUUUCUUCCUGGCAGGGUUGUCCCCUCCUCCUCCUCUUCCUCCCCCAGUUGUGAAGAAGCCGCUGAAGCAAAGUAGGCCCAAAGCUGUAAAGGAGGAUGAUGUGGAACCGGCACAGGAGGAAAGCUCCAACUCCACACCUCAGCGCCCGAAACCCAGUAGGGCACCCCUGGUGCAGAGCUCCAACUCCACCCCUCAGCGCCCAGAACCCAGCAGGGAAAUCCGCAACAUCAUCCGCAUGUACCAGAGCCGCCCAGGGCCUGUGCCUGUGCCUGUACAACCCACCAGGCCCAUUAAAACUUUUCAGAAGAAAAACGACCCUAAGGAUGAGGCCUUGGCUAAGUUAGGAAUAAAUGGCGCCCACUCGCCGCUGUCGACAUCGCCUAACCAAGGAAAGAGCUCUCCGCCGGCUGUGGUUCCUCGACCCAAGGCUCGACCUCGACUUGAGCCCUCCCUGUCCAUCCAGGAAAAGCAGGGGCCCCUUCGGGACUUGUUUGGCCCAGGUAGCCCAAAUCCACCAACAGCUCCAGCACCCCCGCCUCCACCAGCACUCCCACCGCCUCUGCCUGGGGAGCCCAAGACGCCUUCAGUGGAGUCUCCUGCCUUGGCAGAGCCCAUGGAGGACAAGGGCAUCUCUACAAAGCUCCUUGUGCCCUCUGGAAGUGUGUGCUUCUCCUAUGCCAGUGCACCCUGGAAGUUGUUCUUACGCAAGGAGGUGUUCUACCCCCGGGAGAACUUCAGCCAUCCAUAUUGCCUCAAUCUCCUCUGCCAGCAGAUCCUGCGGGACACCUUCACAGAGUCCUGCACCCGGAUCUCACAGGAGGAGCGGCACAAAAUGAAAGGCUUUCUGGGAGACUUGGAGGUGGGCCUGGACUCCCUUGACGUUGCAGAAGACAGCAUCAAAAAACGCAUUGUGGUUGCUGCCCGGGACAACUGGGCCAAUUACUUCUCACGCAUCUUCCCAGUCUCGGGCGAGAGUGGCAGUGAUGUACAGCUGCUGGGUGUGUCUCACCGGGGACUGAGGCUGCUGAAGGUGACCCAGAGCCCGAGCUUCCACCUGGACCAGCUGAAGAUACUCUGCUCCUACAGCUACGCUGAGGUCCUGGCUGUGCAGUGCAGGGGCCGAUCCACCCUGGAGCUGUCACUGGACAAUGAGCAGCUGAUACUGCACACAGCCUGGGCGAGGGCCAUCAAGGCCAUGGUGGAACAGUUCCUGAGCGACCUCAGGAAGGACUCCGGCUAUGUCAUUGCCCUGCGCAGCUACAUCACCGAUGACAACGCCCUCCUCAGUUUCCACCGUGGGGACCUCAUUAGGCUACUGCCAGUGGCCGCUCUGGAACCAGGCUGGCAGUUCGGUUCUGCCGGGGGCCGCUCUGGACUCUUUCCUGUUGACAUGGUGCAGCCAGCUGCUGCCCCCGACCUCUCCUUUUCCCUGGGAAAGAAGAGAAACAGCUGGCAGCGCAAGAGUAAGCCGGGGCCAGCUCAAGAGGUGAGGAAGACAGAAAUGCGCCCCACCCAUCCCAGGAAACAAGAACCCAGUGAAGCCUCGGAGGCGCCCUCCUUUACAACCUACAGCUCUUCGUCUGCUGACUCCCACAACUACACCAUGCAGGAAUUUGCCCUGCGCUACUUCCGGAAGCCUCAUACCUGGCUGGCCCAGAUGAGUAGAGACACCAAAGAGAAGGCCGUCGCCAACCUGAUCCAGUAUACUAAGGACCCCAUCCAGGAAUCCAUCACCAGCUUCUGCAGUGAGGACACGAACAGUAAAGCUGUGGCUGGCUUCAAGGCUCUGAUGCAGUUUAUGGGGGACCAGCCCAAGCCCCGGGGCAAGGAUCAGCUGGCUCUGCUCUAUGAGCUGCUGAAGCUGUGCCAAGAGGACCUCAGGGAUGAGAUGUACUGCCAGGUCAUCAAGCAAGUCACAGGACACCCCCAGCCAACGCACUGUGCUCUGGGCUGGAGCAUUCUAACCCUCUUCACGGGCUUCUUUGCACCAUCUACCACGCUGAUGCCUUAUGUGACCAAGUUCCUGCAGGAUUCCAGCCCCAUCCAAGAGCUGGCCCGGACGAGCCAGGAGAACCUCCAGCGCACAGUUAAAUAUGGGGGACGCCAGCAGCUGCCAUUACCUGGAGAAAUGAAUGCUUUUCUGAAAGGGCAAGCAGUUCGUUUGCUUCUAAUUCACCUGCCUGGGGGUGUGGACUACAGGACGAAUUCCCAGACAUUCACGGUGGCAGGGGAAGUGCUAGAGGAACUGUGUGGACAGAUGGGCGUCCUGGACUCAGGGGAGGUGCAGGAAUUUGCCCUCUUCCUCAUCAAGGGAGAAGGUGAGCUGGUUCGGCCGCUGUCGUCCCAUGAGUACAUCAACAAUGUAAUGACAGACCAGGACAUGAGCCUUCAUAGCCGGCGACUUGGCUGGGAGACUCCACUGCACUUUGAUCACCCCACCUACACCGAAACCCACUAUGGCCAGGUGCUGCGGGACUACCUGCAAGGGAAGCUGAUGGUCAGCGCCCAGGAAGAGGCUCUCCUUGCCCAGCUCGCUGCCUUCCAACACUUUGACAAAGCCAGCACAACUAGUCCUCCAUCAGAGCAAGAGCUGCUGACGUACAUUCCCAAACCACUGCAACGGCAGGUGAACACAGCCAACAUAAAGAGCUUGGUGAGCCAGGAGCUGAGGCAGAUGCAAGAGUACAGCAAGCAGAAAGCACAGAUUGGCUUUAUCGAGACCACGGCCCAGCUGCCCCUCUUUGGCUACACUGUGUAUGUAGUGCUGAGAGUGAGUAAGCUGGUCCUCCCAGGACCAGUCCUCCUGGGGCUCAACCGCCAACACCUUGUUCUCAUGGACCCCAGCUCUCAGAAACUCUGCUGCUCCAUCACCCUGAAAGACCUGCAGCGGCUCCACUUGCUGAGCCCGCUGCAGGAGGAUGGGCCCCCUGGCCUAGAACUCAAUUAUGGCUCAGCUGACAACCCCAAGACCAUCUGGUUGGAGCUGCCACAGGCCCAGGAGCUGCAGCACACCAUCAUCUUCCUGCUAGGCAGCAUGUCCUCUCAGUGGCCAGGGCUCCUCUGAGGAGGAUGGAGAGAAGGCAGCCGCCUUGCACUGCACAGUCUGCCUUGGUCCUGCUCUGAACCUGCAGCACAACCCAGCGUGGAAGCCAUAAGGCAGGGCUUGUGACUUCACCUGGGCGAGUAAGCAGAUGUGCUCCCUCUGAGGCGGACUGGAACAAGAGUUGGGGCCGUGGCACUGGGUGUGGGCAUAUGAUGGCCAGCCUGGGGAGAUGAUGCCCACUUGGCUCUAAAGCAGCACAAGUAAAACACCCAAGGAAA